GUCACUAGUAAACAAACAUGGCGGCUGGAAAAACAGUAAGCACGCUCUGUUCAGUGGACUUUGAGGUUUUUGGGAAGGUACAAGGUGUAUUUUUUCGAAAGUACACCAGGAUUAAUGCCACCAAGCACGAACUGGUUGGCUGGGUAAUGAACACGCCACACAACACAGUGGUAGGACAGCUUCAGGGAGAGACUGCAAAUGUUCGUCUCAUGAGAAAGUGGUUAAGAGUAACAGGAAGCCCAAAAUCAAGAAUUGACAGAUGUGAAUUCAAGAAUGAAAAAACCAUCAGUGUGCUGGAAUUCAGUGAAUUCACCAUCAAGAAAUGAAGUCAUACACAGAAGGUUUUCUUUAAAUCAGUUUGUGUAUGACUUGGUCAGAGAAGCUGCUUUGUAGACUUCAAGUUAACCUCGUGUUGGGACACUUAGCUAAAAACCACCAACUCAAAUUGUUUACAAAAAUCUGGUUUAUAAAGAGGCGGUGAGAACAAUUUUCUGAUACUAGAUUAGCACAUUUUUCCUACCAAGAGGAGACUUCCAGAAAACAGUAGAAUACUUAUUCUUUGAAAUUUUGGUCUAAAAAGUGCAAAAUGUCGGCAGUUUUUCGUGCAAAAGGUUUCUUACUAAUUCUUAUUGUUUGAAGAUUGACAGCAUCAAACAGAUGAUUGAAAUAAAGGAACUGUAUUUUUUCAACAAUG